GGUGUCAGGCUUUGGGUGUGAGGCGUGUGUCUUCCGUCUUGCAGGUAUACACUGUUGGGGAGCCGUCUGCACAGACCGUGACGUUACGCGCAGACUCCCGUCUGCAAUCUAGCCGGCAAAAAAGUGUCGUGAACGCACCUUAUAUUUCAUAAGAUGCAAAGAGGAAGUCACGGAUGACACAAUUUAGAAACACAAGUUAGAAGACAAAGAUCAGUGGAACGUUUUCUUUGGAGGAGGUGCUUAAACAUCAGAAGAUGAAGUAGCAGCUGUUGUAAAAGGCCAGUGGAUUGCAACAAAGCAUUGUGAGGGUUAAACAUGCAGCAAGAUGCACUUCAGGGUGCUGGAGAAGUGAUUUGGUGUCUAAGGAUGGGUUAGGGCCUGCCAGGUUGAAACGGCUCUAACUGCCUGGGACUGCAGUCCUUGAACUCUGGAAGCACAGGAGACUGCCCUCUACAGGCAUUGCAGAAACUUCCUUCCAAGAAAAACAAGACGUCAAGAGCAAGCAGAUUUCCAGGUGACAGGUGUUGGAAUUGAACUUUCACAUGUAAAAUGGCUUGCACACAACAGUCUGCUGUGGACUUUAUCAAAGAAAUGCGGCAACAACUUGUUGGAAAACUCCAAAAUGUCAGUCACUUUUUAGAUCCAUUGCAAUCCGAUGGUGUUUUCAGUGAAGAAGAAAUCUGUUUAAUUAAUGAUGGUAAUAGAUUUGAUAGAGACAGAAAAACUAUUGGACAUGGUUACUAAGAAAGGGGAACGUGCAUCACGGUUGUUUUUACAGCAGUUGUACAAUACAAGAAAAAGAACCCUCCCAGAAGAUUUGCAUCCCAGGAUAAGCUGCUUAGACUUCGUAAAAGAUGACGAGACAGACAUUGGUGCAAGUUCUUGUCAGGCCUACCAAAACAAGCUUAAAUCACAUGGAAAAGACAUUAUUGACAAGGAAUGGAAAAAGAUCAGACAACUUCUAGGAGAUGAGGAGAAACGGAUCGACUUGAAAUACAUACCUGUUGUCUUAGACACUGACAAGUCUGAGAUUUACAAAAGCAAAAAGUACAAGAAAUCUCGCCCCAAAAAGAUGAAACUUUAUAUCCCAGUUGACAAAAGAAAGAUGGUCAUUGAUGACUUGUUUAAAACCCACGAGAAGACUAUUCUACUUGUUGGAAAGCCUGGAAUUGGAAAAACCGUUGCUGCUCAGCAGUUAAUGAAUCUCUGGAUAGACCGCAAACGUCAGGUUCCAAACUACAUGUUUUAUUUUGAUGAACUAACCUUGGCUCGUAUGCCAACGUCUUUAAAUUUGAAAUCACUUCUGUUUGAUAAUUACUGCCGUCCAGAUAAUACUGUUGAUGAAGGUGACGUUUUUCAUGAUAUUGAACAGAAUUCAAAAAUGGUUUUUAUCAUUUUUGAUGGCAUAAGUGAACAUUUUCUGAACUCAAUUACAACAGACACCAAGUCACUAAUUUACAGAAUUAUAGAAAAGAAGCUCCUACCACAGGCUAAGAUCUUAAUUGCUUGCAGACCACACACAGAAUACUUUCAACUAGACGAAUCGACAAGCUACAGAGUGGAAGUGCUUGGAUUCAGUGAGGACAGCAUUAAGGAUUACUUUAAGACAGUGUUAGCAGGGAAAGAGAAUGCAAUCAGUCUGGAUCUCUUCAGUCUCUGUCAUGUCCCGAUGUAUGCCUAUAUUAAUGCAUGCUGCAUUUUAUCUGGAUAUUGCAAGUCUGACAGUCAACCCACUACUGUAACUGAAAUAUAUGUACACAUAUUCCGCUACUCCAUUGGAAAACACGGGGCAAAAGCCAAAGGCCACCCCAUGAGGAUUUAUUCUGAUGCAGAACUCGCAGAAUAUAGAGGUGAACUCAUGCCUUUAGCGAAAACUGCUUUCUAUGAGAUGCAGCACAAAAGUGUGAAUUUUAUCAACCCGCCCUUGGCUGCCAGUAGUGUGGAAAACAGCUUCUUGCGAUAUACUUGCGAAGUACGAGAUUCAGUCACCUCUAGAAAAACAUACUUUGCAUUUCUUCACAACACAAUGCAGGAAUUCUGUGCUGCUCUUUGGCUUCUGAAGAAUCCAUCUGAAAUCAAUGAGAUUAUUCAGAGAUGCAGGACUCCUGAUGGAAGUCAUCUGAGAUACAUGGUCUUUUUCUUGUGUGGAUUUCUGGCCAAAAAUAAUGCUAAACUCUUAACAUUUCUGUUUCCUGAAAGCCACAAAAACACCAUCUCUUCAGUCUCUCCUGGACUGAUAAAUAAGUUAAUCGAAGGAGAGGACUGUGAGGAAGCAGACAUUCUUUUUGCUUGUCAAUGCUUGUACGAGGCACAAUCACCAGGAGCUUGUUUACAGUUCCUGAAGGAAAUGGAUUUUGACCUGUAUCUGGAAUCACAGCUUGACCCAUCCCAGUGCUGUGCAGUUGCUUAUGUGAUUAAGCAAGCACAAGAAGAAAAAGUGAAAUUAAACUUAAAACAUUUCAUUGCCUCUGACACUAAAUUGAAGCUGUUACUUGGCUGUAUGGGAAAAAUUGAACCACACAGGUUGGCUCACGAGGACAUUGUACUGUUCAUAAGAUCAAUGUACAGCAUACAAAGAUGUGAGAAUCUUCAGGAGAACGUCGUCAGUUUUCAGAAUCUAAUUGGAAGAGAAUUAAAGUACACAGCAUGUUCUUACUUGCUUAACCAGGAUGUUGAAAGUUUAAAGUGGUUCAUACAGAUUUCUUCUGAAGAAAUUCAACUUCAUCUUAAUGGAUACAUAGCAGCAUGUGUGUCACUUGUAGCUAGGCUGUCGGGACUUUCUAAUUGGAGGUUAACAGAUGAAACCAUUCUUUACAUCUGCAAAGAGAUCCCUGUGAACACAUCAGAACAGUUCCUCAAAGGAUUACAUCACAGGAUAUGUUUUUCAAGAAGUAAACUAGACGGACAGGACUGCACAGCCCUGGCUUCAGUUAUAUCAAACAGUGCAAUGCCUGUGGAGCUUGAUAUCUCUCAGUGUGAUCUCACAAGUAAUGCAGUCUGUACUUUGAAUACUUGUACCACUAAACUGUCAAUACUCAGAAUGAAGCAAGAAAUGUAUCCUGAGCUGUGGAGGAGUGCACUCGAGAUUGGCCAGGAGAAUGAAAUAAACAACUUGCUGAGACUCUGUGGAAAUGAAAUUCACCUUCCAGUUGAAGAAACUGUUUUCAGCAGAGCUGCACAAGUAAUUAAUAGGAGUGAACAGAAGAUCGUUGUCUGUCUUCACUGGAUCUAUUCGUGUGAUCAGCUUGGUGACACCCUUAUUGAUCCACUCCUCACUUGCUUGCCAAAUAUUGACUUCAUUCGGUUUCCUGAACUCUCCAGGUGGAAUGAGCAGUCUGCUGAGUGCAAACAGAAAGCCAUUUCAUUUCUACUGGAUAUGGUGCCUCGUGCAGCGGACUAUGAAAAACAAACAGGACACCGGUCAGAUUUCACUUUUAGUUCUUAUUCUACGAGAGAUGAUCGGAAUGAGGCUCAAACUGAAUUUCUGCUGGAUUUAUAUUCUCUUGGGAAAGAAUAUGAAACACAAACUGGAAAGGAAGUCCUGCAAACAUCACUGCCAGUUUACCAGUCCGUUCCUGAAACCUGGAUUAUGGACUUGACCAAAAGAAAGGCCUCCCUCUUCCUUGAAAUAUUUACAUUCUAUAAAGUGAAGAGACCAGUAGAGCUGAGGAACUGGACAACUGAAGAGAGUGAAUUAAGAAGUUUCCUUGAGUGCCUUCAGUAUAUCUCAGAGCUGAGGCUCCCUGAACUUUCCAUGUGUGAUUUGGUGUCUGCUGAGUGCAAACAGAAAGCCAUUUCAUUUCUACUGGAUAUGGUGCAGCGUGCAGCAGAAUAUAAAGAAAACACAGGACACAGAGUUCUGGAACCGUUACUGUCAGCUUUCAGUUUGAGUUUUAGUAGAUAUAAUGAGGAUGCUCAAACUGAGUUUCUGAUAGAUUUAUAUUCUCUUGGGAAAGAAUAUGAAACACAAACUGGAAAGGAAGUCCUGCAAACAUUACUGCCAGUUUACCAGUCCUAUCCUAAAACAUGGAUUAUGAACUUGACCAAAAGAAAGGCCUCCCUCUUCCUUGAAAUAUUUACAUUCUAUAAAGUGAAGAGACCAGUCAAGCUGUGGAACUGGACAACUGAAGAGAGUGAAUUAAGACGUUUCCUUGAGUGCCUUCAGUAUAUCUCAGAGCUGAGAUUCCAUGAGCACUACUGGUGGUAUAUGGAGUCUGCUGAGUGGAAGAAAGCCAUUUCAUUUCUACUGGAUAUGGUGCAGCGUGCAGCAGAAUAUGAAGAACAAACAGGACACAGAGUUCUGGAACAGUUACUGUCAGCUUUCAGUUUGAGUUUCGAUGAUGAGGACUUGGAGUAUCAGUAUGAGGCUCAAAGUGAGUUUCUGCUGGAUUUAUAUUCUCUUGGGAAAGAAUAUGAAACACAAACUGGAAAGAAAGUCCUGCAAACAUUACUGCCAGUUUACCAGUCCUUUCCUGAAACAUGGAGUAUGGACUUGACUGAAAGAAAGGCCUCCCUCUUCCUUGAAAUAUUUACAUUCUAUAAAGUGAAGAGACCAGUCAAGCUGUGGAACUGGACAACUGAAGAGAGUCAAUUAAGAAGUUUCCUUGAGUGCCUUCAGUAUAUCUCAGAGCUGAGAUUCCCUGAGCACUACUGGUGGUAUAUGGAGUCUGCUGAGUGGAAACAGAAAGCCAUUUCAUUUCUACUGGAUAUGGUGCAGCGUGCAGCGGAAUAUGAAGAACAAACAGGACACAAAGUUCUGGAACAGUUACUGUCAGCUUUCAGUUUGAGUUUAGAUGAUGAGGACUUGGAGGAUCAGAAUGAGGCUCAAAGUGAGUUUCUGCUGGAUUUAUAUUCUCUUGGGAAAGAAUAUGAAACACAAACUGGAAAGAAAGUCCUGCAAACAUUACUGCCAGUUUACCAGUCCUAUCCUAAAACAUGGAGUAUGGACUUGACCAAAAGAAAGGCCUCCCUCUUCCUUGAAAUAUUUACAUUAUAUAAAGUGAAGAAACCAGUAGAGCUGAGUAACUGGACAACUGAAGGGAGUGAAUUAAGAGUUUUACUUGAGUGCCUUCAGUAUAUCUCAGAGCUGAGGUUCCCUGAACUCUCUAGGUGGAAUGUGCAGUCUGCUGAGUGGAAGAAAGCCACUUCAUUUCUACUCGAUAUGAUCCUGCGUUCAGUGGAAUAUGAAGAACAAACAGGACACCGAGUUCUGGAACCGUUACUGUCAGCUUUCAGUUUGAGUUUCGAUGAUGAGGACUUGGAGUAUCGGAAUGAGGCUCAAACUGAGUUUCUGCUGGAUUUAUAUUCUCGUGGGAAAGAAUAUGAAACACAAACUGGAAAGGAAGUCCUGCAGACAUUACUGACAGUUUACCAGUCCAUUCCUGAAACAUGGAGUAUGGACUUGACCAAAAGAAAGGCCUCCCUCUUCCUUGAAAUAUUUACAUUCUAUAAAGUGAAGAGACCAGCAGUGCUGAGGAACUGGACAACUGAAGACAGUGAAUUAAGAAGUUUACUUGAGUGCUUUCAGUACAUCUCAGAGCUGAGGUUCCCUGAACUCUCCAGGUGGAAUGUGAAGUCUGCUGAGUGGAAACAGGAAGCCAUUUCAUUUCUACUGGAUAUGGUGCAGCGUGCAGCGGAAUAUGAAGAACAAGCAGGACACAGAGUUCUGGAACAGUUACUGUCAGUUUUCAGUUUGAGUUUAGAUGAUGAGGGCUUGGAGUAUCGGAAUGAGGUUCAAAGUGAGUUUCUGCUGGAUUUAUAUUCUCUUGGGAAAGACUAUGAAACACUAACUGGAAAGGAAGUCCUGCAAACAUUACUGCCAGUUUACCAGUCCGUUCCUGAAACAUGGAUUAUGGACUUGACUGAAAGAAAGGCCUCCCUCUUCCUUGAAAUAUUUACAUUCUAUAAAGUGAAGAGACCAGUCAAGCUGAGGAACUGGACAACUGAAGACAGUGAAUUAAGAAGUUUACUUGAGUGCUUUCAGUACAUCUCAGAGCUGAGCUGUGAUGAUCGCGCAUUCCUGAAUAUUUGUAAAACAUUGUCCACAUAUGACAGGGAUGAGGCCAAAAAACAGUCCUGCCUUUUCAUGAAAAAACUGGACCCAGCUUUGACAUUACCUUCUCUACUAACCACCAGCAGCUGCAGAUCUAUCGGGAAAGUUUUGCGUUUCUCUGGUUCGAAUUUGAAACUCUCCCUGACACCAUCAAACAUAUCUUUGAAAGGGAUUCAUCUUCUCACAAAAUCUUGGACACACCUGGAAAAGUUAAGGAUGAAUGAAAUGCUGAUUAGAAAAGUGACAAAACAGCUAAUGUCAAGGAGACAGGAGAACCCAGUCACUGUUGAAGAAAUCACACUUGAUUUAUCAUCUACUAAAAGGAAACCCAGAAGAGUGUGUCUUCUAGUGAGUAACCUGGCCUUCAUUCUGAGGCACUGGACUGUGAGCUGUUUGGACCUCAGUGCCUGCACAAUAGAAGGAUAUUCACUCGUAGUUCUUCUUUGUCAGCAGAAACAUGUGACUAUCAAAUUAUCUGAAGAGAGUCUGCAGCAACUGGCUUUAGCAGUUUAUGAAGCACAAGAAUUCAUGCUAGCAGCAUCAUUCCUGGAGAAAGUGGAUCAUGACCUCACCCCAUGCAAUCUGACCUGGGAAGUACUUCACUUUCUACUGCAACAUGCCAGACAGAGGGUCAAAGUGAAUUUCAGGAAGUCAAAACUUCAGGAGAACAACAUGAAAGAACUGACCCAUUUAUUGCCCCAGAUUCACACUUUAAGGUUAAGUGCAGAGUUUUGCAAAAGGAUAGUCCAAGAAAUUGUUCAAAAAGGGGAUUGCAAACUCAUCUUUAGUUUCCUGGAAGCUACAGAUAACUGGCUGAAUCUUAACAACACUGUUCUGAGCUCCACUGACUGUGACGCCAUCCUACACUUCAUUGACCACAGCAACAAUGUCAGACUCAAUUUACUCUGGACUUCCAUCUCGGAGGACGAUACUGAGAAGCUGCUGCUUGUCAUUGGGAAGGUGUCCAAGAUAUGCUUAGAGAGACACAUGCUGCUGAGGUUUCUGCACAGAAUCUACAGGUCAAAGGAUCCUGGAGCAGCAUGCAGCUUCUUAAAGGCUCUGCAAGGCAAACUCAACUUUUCAACAUCUGAUACAAUUGAUAUUACAGAAGAGGAAAGUUCUUUCUGUCUAACCCUAGAAGACUGCAGGGCUAUCUCCACUGCACUGCUGCUGUCUGGUGGUGAAUCAGAACUGGUUCUUGAUGACUGUGAGGUUCAGGAUGAUGGGCUGGAAUGGCUGUUCAAUGUUUUUCAAAAUGUUAAACUCAGAACCAACAAAAUGAUUCUUCAGCGGCUUCUAUUAUUGGCUUAUGAAAAUGAUAAAAGACAUGUAAAGAUGGCCACAUGCAGGGGGUUGUCCUUAUCAGCAGCCACUAGGAAUGAGAUGGACCUCAGUGACACCCCACUCAACGAGGACACCUGCAGAGCCCUGGCUCACGUGGUGCACAGUUCAGAGGGGGGUUGGGAACUAGACCUGAGUAACUGCAGGCUCUCCGAUCAAUGCAUCAACCAGUUACAGACCUGUCUGCCCAGAAUCCAAGUGCUGGAUUUAAGUAAGAAUGAUAUAACUGACUCUGGAGCCAUGAUAAUCCAUGAAGUGGUCUACAGGAAUCCAUCUCUGAAAACCGUACGACUUUUCAACAAUAAAAUAAAGAACAUGAGGAUCUUCAGAACUGACAGUCGCUAUGAAAUCUGGUGACAUCAGCCUCAGCUUUGCAACAUCUUUACUGUGUGUAGGUUCUCUAGACAUUGUCAUCACAAAUAUAUUGCAAAUGUCGUGGACUUUCUUAUGUUCUUAUGAUAUUGUAUAUUAACAGGAAUCUACAUUGAAUGAAUUUUAAUCUAAUUUGUCUAGCUUUGCCAAGUGAUAAUGAUCAACCUAACACCUUGAAUGCAUCAGGCACUCAGGAAACAAAAGGCUAAUCAAACCUGUCUCUGUGAUUUAAUUACCCAGUCUAGUGAGAGAAGUGGCUUAACAUAGGAGUCUGAAAGAGAGAAAAAUGACCACUUUAGCUUAAAGAUUUAGGGAUUUAAGACAAAUAUCACAUCAUAUUGAUUUAAUACCACUAUGAGUACAAGAUGCAAGCGUUUUUAUUCUUAAAUUGCCUAACAAGUAUAGAAUAACCCAGGUAAUAAAUCCCUAAGAGAAUUAAACUGUUUGCAAUGUCUAACCAAAGUCGCAACCCGACAUAUUUGGUGUUUAAAGAAAUGUAAUUUCUUAUAGUAAAAAUAACGGGAAUUCAGAAUAAAAUCAGAAUUAUUUAGCAAAAGUUAUGUACGUUUUAAAAGUUUCCCCUUUCCAGAUUAUGAUAAUGAACUAAUCAGACAGAGGAAAGGGGGGAGCGAUCAAUCAAGGUUUCAAGCCCAUUCAGCUACAAAAUAGCCAAUCAGAGCAUGCAGCAGGAAAUUCAUAUAAUCUCUUUGUUUGAAAAGUAUAAAAGCCGACUGUAAACAUUAGCUCCUUGCCCCUGCUCUAUCCCCCUGUGAUAGCCCCCUGCAUUAGCCCCUGCGCUAUCCCCUGACCGCUGAUCCCUGCUCGCUCAGAUUCAAAGAAACUACAAGACUGCACUGGAGCCCUCAGCUCUCAGUAUUUAUCAAUCAAGGUUGGGGGCCCUGACUCUCGGAGAAACACAAGGUAACAGAACGCUGAAAGUGACUGCUUUCCAGGCUAGGUUACAAUACUCUAAAAUAUUUAUUCAGGUAUUGUGUGACCCCUUGUUGUUGUGUCAGUAUGUGCUAAUAUUUCUUUGGUAAAUUGUUGUUUUAAACCUUAGUUCUCAUUGUAAUGCUUUUAAUAUGACAUUAAUUGUGUAACUGUUUUGUGUGGUUUUCAAACUUAUAUUGUUGCAUGCUUAAUAAAUACCAUCUUUCUAA